AUGAACGUUCUCAAGCUUCAGAGGAAGUAUCCUCAAUUCCCGCAAAACGAAAUCUACGGUCUCAGUGACGCAUUCCGCAAGCUCGACAUUGACGAUAAGGGCUACGUUGACGAAGCCACCGCAAUCAAGGCCACUCAGCAGAGCGAGCGCCAGCCCUACGAUGUCGUACGACAGGCUCUGAAGGAGGUCGACCUCGACUCGUCCCGCCGAGUCGAGCUGGAGGAUUAUGUCGCCCUCAUUGCCAAGCUCCGCGAGUCCUCUCCAGCUCAAAAACGCAUGUCAACCGGUCCCGGCGGUGCUACCGGCGCAUCCAUCGUCGCGCAAGCAACCGGAGGCCUGGGCCAUUCCUCAAAGUCGAGCAUCGGCAAGAUUCACGUCCAGGGCUCCAACGCCAACGUCACGCACACCAUCAACGAGGAUGAGCGGACCGAGUUCACUCGUCACAUCAACGCCGUCUUGGCGGGUGACGCAGACAUUGGAAGCCGCCUCCCCUUCCCUACUGAUACCUUUGAAAUGUUUGACGAGUGCAAGGAUGGUUUGGUGUUGGCCAAGCUCAUCAACGACAGUGUCGCCGACACCAUUGACGAACGUGUUCUGAACCGACCCAAGAACAAGAAGCAGCUGAACGCUUUCCAGAUGACGGAGAACAACAACAUCGUCAUUGAGUCUUCCAAGGGUAUUGGUCUGUCCGUCGUCAACAUUGGCAGCGGCGACAUUAUUGAGGGCAGAGAGCACUUGAUUCUCGGUUUGAUCUGGCAGAUUAUUCGCCGUGGUCUUUUGAGCAAGAUUGACAUCAAGCUACACCCCGAGCUCUACCGGUUGUUGGAGGAUGACGAGACUCUUGAGCAGUUCCUCAGACUUCCUCCCGAACAGAUCCUUCUCAGAUGGUUCAACUACCACCUCAAGGCCGCUGGCUGGAACAGACGGGUGAACAACUUCUCUAGCGAUAUCAAGGACGGCGAGAACUACACUGUACUCCUGGCACAGAUCGGCUCCGAAUACGGCGCGACGAGAGCCCCUCUCCAAACACGAGAUCUUCUGCAGCGCGCGGAGGAGAUUCUGCAGACCGCCGACAACAUGGGAUGCCGCAAGUUCCUCACGCCAUCAUCUCUGGUCGCCGGUAACCCCAAGCUGAACCUGGCUUUCGUUGCCAAUCUGUUCAACACCCACCCCGCCCUCGACCCCAUCACCGAGGAGGAGAAGCUCGAGGUCGAGGAUUUUGACGCUGAAGGAGAGAGAGAAGCCCGCGUGUUUACUCUGUGGCUCAACAGCUUGGAUGUGCAGCCUGCUGUGCAAUCAUUCUUUGACGACCUGCGCGACGGUACGGUGCUUCUGCAAGCGUACGACAAGGUCAUCAAGGGAUCCGUCAAUUGGCGUCAUGUGAAUAAGCCACCGGCGCACGGCGGAGAGAUGCUGAGGUUCAAGGCGGUCGAGAACACCAACUACGCGAUUGAACUCGGCAAGCAGAACCGCUUCUCGCUUGUGGGCGUUCAGGGUGCGGACAUCACCGACGGUCAACGGACCCUGACUCUUGGCUUGGUGUGGCAAUUGAUGCGCAGGGAUAUCACCGUCACGCUGUCGACAUUGGCGCAACGUCUUGGCAAGAAGGAGAUUACGGACUCGGAGAUGGUCAAAUGGGCCAAUGAAACGUCCCGCAAGGGCGGCAAAUCAUCCGCAAUUCGAUCCUUCAAGGAUCCCUCCAUUGGCACCGGUGUGUUUUUGCUGGAUGUGCUCAGCGGUAUGAAGAGCAGCUACGUCGACUACGACCUCGUCACCCCCGGCCAUACGGACGACGACGCCUACCUCAACGCGAAGCUCAGCAUUUCCAUUGCGAGAAAGAUGGGCGCCACCAUCUGGCUGGUGCCGGAGGAUAUUUGCCAGAUCCGUAGUCGCUUGGUGACCACCUUUAUCGGUUCUCUCAUGGCCACGGCAGAGAAGCAGGGACUGUGA